CACCUGAUAUUAAGGGACCACCAGCCGGAGCCCUAAAACCUUUUCUUCUAAUUGAGAAAAGCCCUGGUACCCCCAUGCUUGAGAGGUUCAUUGUUCAAAUGUAAGUGAUUAAUACAGCCCAGAAUGCACAGUUUUUUACCCCUAGACCUCAGUUCACUGAGAGAUAUCCCAGCAGCCAAUGUGGCCACUUCUAGAAAGACACAUUCAGGGCUAAUUUUAUGGGGACAGCUGUGUCUCCUGCAUGUUCUGUUUGUUGUUUUAUUGUACCAGCUGUUUUAGAGCACAGAGCAAUGCAGCGGAUACAGACAGACAGUGUGCAGAUGGCACAUCUCUAUCCCCAUGGUGAUAACAACUCAGACUAUAUGGUUGUUUGAGGAAUUUAUUUGCUUUGUCUACACUGUGCAACUACUCCUUGAGACCCCCCCCCCUCCAGCUCUAUAUAUGACCUGCCUCCCUUGAUUCUCCUCCUAAUCUGGGGCAAUACAUUUGGCCUCAAACAUUUCCCUGCCCAUCACAGACUCCAAACUCACCCCUUUAUCUUUUUCUCACUGCUCCCAUCGCCCAUCAUGAAAAGUUCUUAUAUCCCGGCAGGCCCGUCUAAACCUAUAUGUGCAUAUAUGUGAGGGUAUGUGAGAGUAUGUGUAUCUGGGUGUAUGUAUGAGUAUGUGUGUAGGUGUGUGUAAAUAUGUUUGUGUAUAUAUGUGUUUGGAUGCAGGGCAGCUCUCAUGGGGUACAGGGGGUACAAAUGUAGGGAGCACUUGAAAACCUUUAUUUAGUAUGGAACAGAGGUCUCUACAUACUACUUCUAACUGCAGCCAUAUAUGUGGGUAUAUGUGUUUAUAUGUAUAUGUAUUACACACAGGGCUGCCAUCAGAAAUCAUGGGACUCUGUACAAGAAAAUGAUCUGCCCCCUCCUUUUGCAUUGCCUUGCAGUAGAACACAUGAAAAAGCCACCAUAGGGGAACCCAUGAGCAAACACUAGUCAUAAGAACCCUAACGGCAAUACAAGUGGGAGAGAGGUAGACACUAAUUGCCACCCAGCCAACCAGCAACCAACCCCCCAAAAUGGGCUCCCUGGUUAAUGUGAGUAUAUUGUAGGUAGCUCCUGGUCACCAAUGUGGCAGCAGAAGAUGUUUCUACUGAUGGGACACUAACCCAUUUAUCUCCCCCUAGCCACACAUGUGCCAUUCUGUCCCUACCCCCCAUACUGCCCAACCCUGUCCUUACUCACACAAGUCACUCUCCAUCUAACCAGUAAAUCUGUUAUUCUCACUUAAACCCCAUAUGCCAUUCUCUCCAGUUUGCUCUUCUCUAAUUUGUGUGCCUCAUUUCCCCCUCCUUACUUGCAUUUACAUUGACAAAAGGCCCCAUGCCAUCUUUCAAAUGUACAGCAAUCUGUCGGGCUUGUUUCUCUUUUAAGUCCUGCUAAAGCCAUGUCGGGAUUGGAUAGACUUGGAUUGGAUAGGGGGAAGUUUAAACUUCAAUCCUCCAGCCUAUCCGGUCCCCAUUCAGUUCUAUCGGGAUUACUAUGAAUAAAUGAGCUGGACACAGAGCUGUGCAGAGGAAAUAACAUGUAGGAACUGCAACUACCACCAGUCUCCUUCCACCAGCAAGCAGAUCACUGAGAGCAGAAUGGUACCAGCUAAUUCAAGUCAGACAGCUUUGCACAUUGCUGUGAUGCGCCAGAAUAUGGUGAUUGUUCAAGAUCUCAUUGCCAAAGGAGCUGAUGUGUCUACACCACAGGCUGUUGGGUCUUUCUUCCAGCUGAACCCCUCCAACACAUUCUACUAUGGGGAACACAUUCUCUCUUUUGCAGCCAGUGUCGGGAAUGCAGAUCUUGUCCGCCUAUUAUUACAACAUGGAGCAGAUCUGGAGGCCAGAGAUUCCCGUGGUAAUACAAUCCUACAUAUCCUGGCCCUUCAGCCAAACAAGAUGUCUGCCUGUCAGAUGUACGACCUUAUCCUGUCCAAUCACCAGGAGAAGGAGGGUCCAGGGCUAGAGGAGACAUGUAACAAUGAUGGCUUCACCCCUCUCAAAAUGGCUGCCAUGGAGGGCAAUACUGUGCUGUUCCAGCACUUGGUGCAGAAGAGAAGACAUGUACAUUGGACCUUUGGCCCCGUCACCUGUUACCUUUAUGACCUGAAAGAGAUUGACACGUGGGAGGACCCCCAGUCUGUGCUGGAUCUGGUGGUGUCAGGGAAAAAAAAAGAGGCACGACGGAUCCUUGAUAUUUCACCGGUUAAAGAACUGGUUAACAGAAAGUGGCAGCGAUUUGGUCGACCAUAUUUCUGGCUUCUGGCUGUGGUCUAUGUCCUGUACAUGACGUGUGUCUCACUGUGUUGUGUCAACCGACCUUUGAAGCCAAGACCUGAUAAUGCAACCAACCCCCGAGACAUCACUUUACUUGUACAGAAAUCCCUGCAGGAAGCCUACAAUACCUAUGAUGACCAUGUCCGCUUGGCCGGAGAGAUGAUCAGUGUUUCAGGGGCAAUAAUCAUUUUGCUGAUAAAGGUGCGGGAUCUGCUGCAAAUAAGGAGUGUGAGGGCCCUGACCCAGGCUGUCCAUGGGGGACCAUUCACCAUAAUUAUUGUUUUGUUCCCUUGCCUGGUGCUGGUGACCUUCAUUCUGCGUCUCACUAACACGGAUGGAGAAGUGAUUCCCAUGUCGAUGGCGCUUGUCCUUGGCUGGUGCUAUGUCAUGUACUUUACACGAGGAUUCCAGAUGCUCGGACCUUUCACCAUCAUGAUCCAUAAAAUGAUCUUUGGGGACCUCUUGCGGUUCUGCUGGUUGAUGGUUGUGGUGAUCUUUGGAUUUGCUACAGCUUUUUACAUCAUUUUCCAGACAGAGGAUCCAUCACAGCUUGGACAUUUUUACAAUUAUUUUAUGUCCCUGUUCAGUACCUUCGAACUGUUCCUGAAUGUUAUCAACUCUCCCACAAACUAUGAUGUAGAUCUUCCUCUCAUCUUCUUUUUUGUUUACUUCAUCUUCACAAUCAUUGCAAACCUUCUUAUGUUGAACCUGCUGAUUGCCAUGAUGGGGGACACUCACUGGAGAGUUGCUCAGGAAAGGGAUGAUCUGUGGAGAGCUCAGGUCGCAGCUACCACUGUGAUGCUUGAGAGAAAACUUCCCCUGUGUCUUUGGCCUCGAUCUGGUGUCUGUGGAACAGAGUAUGGACUUAGGAAUCACUGGUAUCUCCGUGUUAUUUGUAGAAAGGAUCUCAGUCAGCAAAAGAUACAGCGUUAUAUCAAGGCUUUCCAAGGGCCAGAAGGAGACAAUGAGGAGAAGCAGAGACAGAAGCCAGAAAAGUCAAGUGAACAAAGUACAUUUGAAAUAGACAUAAGAUGCCGACAGACAGACAACUCUGCAGAGCAAAGUCUUGAAGAUAAAUCAGAAACAAAGCUAUCUAGCAACAAAACAGAAGGGACUUGUCUGAGGCUUCCAGAAAUUGAAAUUACAGAGUGUUUUGGACCUUCUCAUACACAAAGCAGACUGACAAAGGAAGAUACAAAUUCUGGGCUAAAUAAGCCUCAAAUGGAAAGCCUUGAGCUUCCUCAGAUAUGUAUAUCAGCAGAAAGGGCAGACCUAGCAUCUUUAGAAAAAGUACAAUACACACAAAGGCCCAUGAGUGGGCGUGGUUGGCAGAUUCUGAGGUCAGUUACCAUAGAGCAGCUGCGUGGAAUCUUAUUACAGAGUGGUGCAGAAGAAGCAGAAGAGGAGGUCCAUCACGUUUGAUAUGUGUUGCCAUAACUUCACUGUACAUUGAUGCUCAACUCUGCCCAACUGAACAAAUGUUUAAUGAUCAAAGCACAGGUUUCCUGAAAAGCCAAAAGAUGUUAUUGUCCCUUAGUAAAGACUAAACUAACCUGGGUGCAAGAGACUUCCAGGGACCUUCUACCUUGUUGCUUGUUAGCACUAAGGAAAAUAAAUUUAGAUUUGGUUGGUGCUAAACAUUGCUAGAAGAUAUUAUCUGGAUAUUCACUGCCAUUGUCACUGUAUUGUAUAUUAAAAAUACAUGUUUUUUUAAAUUACUGAAACUGUGAACUGGCUAGGCUUAAAUUAACUUUAAAAUAAUAAACAUGUUGAAAAAAAAAAGGUAAAAACUAUUAGACGUGCCCAAAAGCUACAUUGUGAUAUUGAGUAAAUAGCCAUUAGAUGAGAGCAGCAAAUAUGGGAUUUUUCCCAUUAUUCAAAUGUGUAAACUGAUAGGUGCUCAUUUAAUGACAAUACUGUUUCCAGUGUAAUGCAAUAACUUUAUAUCUUUCGUGGCAAUGUAAUAAAAAUCACAAAGUUUAAACCAGG